AGAAUAUUUAGCUUAAAUAGCUAGCCAAAGCACAAAAAGAGCAAAUCCAGCAGACUCUCUUCAUUGUGGAUGAAAUGGCGUGGUGCUACAGUACCUCGCUCAUCCGAGCGAGGUAUUUCAGCCUCGCUCCGACGAUUUCUUCUUCUUUUCCCUCUCUCCUCCCCUCGAUUUGUCAUCUCCCGCGCGUCGCUGCUCUUGCUUUCCCGCGUUUCUUCCUCUUUUCCCUCUACAUACUCUAUGGUUGUGGAGAUUUUUCAUCAUCCUCAACAUUGACAAGGGAUGGAUGCGAGACCAGAUGCAUAUUUCAUAAAUCUCUUACAAGAUGGUGUGAUCCUUGAAAAUCAUUAUGAGAGAGAGCCUCAAGAUGAAUUUGGAUUUACUUAUGCAAAUCCACAUGUUCAAGUGUUUACCCAACCAUCUCAAACCCCAACUCAAAAGGGAUCCACUCCUAAGAGAGCGCAACGUGGUGGCAAGUUCACCAUUGAAGAAGACAAAUUGCUUGUAUCAGCAUAUUUGAAUGUUAGCUUGGAUGCCGUGCAAGGGAAUGACCAGAAACUUAAAACAUACUGGAGAAGAGUGUGGGAUUACUUCCACGAGCACAUGCCAUUGGCUCAGCGUAGUGAGAACUCUCUAAUGAAUAGGUGGUCGACCAUUCAACUUUCCGUUAACAAGUUAUGUGGAUGCUUUGCUGGAAUUGAAGCAAAGCAUCAAAGUGGUAUGAAUGAGGAAGACAAGGUCUCUGAAGCAAACAAAUCGUACAAGGAACUCCAUGGAGGCUCAUUUCAAUUUGAGCAUUGUUGGAAUAUUUUGAAGUACCAACCAAAGUGGCAUGUCGAUGUUGAGAAGAAAAAACCAAAGAAGAACAAAACUUGGACAGUACCUUCUUCUUCUACUCCCGAGUUGGUAGAUCUUGGAGAAUGUGAAGCCACCUUUGUGGACUUGGAGAGACCUAUAGGUACCAAAGCUGAGAAGAAAAAACGAAAGUUAGCUGAAAUUCCUAGCUCUCCUCUUGCAGGAAUACUAAUUGACAUAAAGGAAGAACAAAAGAAAAUGAGCGACAAGAAAAUGGACAUCAUCCAACAACUACAUGUUGAAGAGCAAGAGAGACACCAACUUGAUAAAGAGAGAUUGCGUGAAGAGCAAGAGAGAAAUACUAUUAAGAAAGAAAAGCUACGUAUGAAACAGUUCAAAGAAGAGGAGAGGAUAAUGCUACUGGAUACAAGUGCCUUACCUCAUGUGCAACAAGAGUACUAUCAAAGCCGGCAAAUGGAGAUCCUUCAAGAACGCGAAAAAAGGUUUAAAAGGGUUGGUAGUUGAACUUUUUUUGGACAUCUAGACGUUUUAGAGGGUUGAACUUUUGUGGACAUGUAGUCUUUUUUGGACAUCUAUUACAAAAAAAAUUCACAUGCUGAUGUACCCAAAAUUGAGGAUUGGGUGUAUUUUGGUAAAUAUUAGAUUGUGCUUAGUGUUCUUGUAAUAUUUGGUUUAUUAUUGAAGUUGCUUCUUCUUCUUC